CUACCGCCUUCCCCUCCGUUUUGGGUUCAACUUCAACCACACCCCAAUCCGGUCGUCCACCGCCUCCAGCCGCCGAGGGUCUUUACCGCCGCCGCCCUCCCAAUCCCAAUCCCAAUCCAGCCCUACCGCUGCCCCCACCGCCGCCUCCGAUUCUUCGCUCCCACGCGCCGCGCAGGUCUCCGCGCGCGCGUUCUAGGGUUAGCCGCCCUCGACGCGCCGACCCUCCCUCCCUGGUCCCGCCGGCACCGUCCAAGGGGCCUCGACCUCGACCUCGCCAGCCCAGCCCAGCCCCCAUGGCGGCGACGGGGCAGGACGGCGACGACGUGGACCACUACGAGGUGCUGCGCCUCCCGUCGGGCGCGGAGGGCGCGGCCCUAACCGUCGAGCAGAUCGAGAAGGCCUACCGCACGCAGUCGCGCCUGCGCCACCCCGACAAGCGCCCCGACGACCCCAACGCCACCGCCGACUUCCAGACCCUCGCCAGCUCCUACAAGCUCCUCCGCGACGAGCCCCUCCGCCGCCAGUUCGACGCGCGCCUCCGCGGCCGCCGCGAGGCCGCCGCCCGCGCCGCCGCCACCGGGGUCAGGCGCCGCAGGGCCGUCUCCGACCUCGAGGAGCGCGAGCGCGCGUUCGCCGCCGGCGGGGGCCCGUACGUCGACCCCGACGAGCUCGCCAGGCGCGAGGACAAGCGCAAGGCCGCCGACAUCGACCGCGAGCUCAGCGAGUUGAAGGCCAGGAAGAGCUCGCGCAUCUCGGGAUCCGCUUCCACCUCGGCACGUGGAGACAAGAAGGGUGCAACUCGAGAGAACGGAGUAAAAACUGACAAGGGGAAUUAUUUGAAGGUUUCAUGGGAAGGUGGAGCAGAUUACUAUACUGCUGCAAAGUUGGAGGAGAUCUUUAAGCAAUUCGGCAAGGUUGAAGACAUUGUGAUCAAGACCAAAAAAUCAAGGAACAGGGGUUCAGCAAUUGUUGUCAUGGCUACUAAAGAGGCAGCAAAAACCGCACUGAAGAACCAUUCUGUGUACAAUGUCUUCCCGGUCCCAGUAAUGGUUACUCCUAUUGAAGAAUCGGGUGGCUCACCAGCAUUCGCAACUCCACCAUCUGAGCCACCGAGUACAAUCAACAUUGAUGGAACUGGAUUUGUUGAUAUGGAAGAGUUGGUAUUCCGGAAACUUCAAGAGGUCCAGAAGAGGAAGCAAUGUGGAUAAUUGGUGCUUGGAGGAACAUGAGCUAGCAACUUACAGAGAACAUCUGCUGUCACAGGUCACAACAGCUGAGGAUCAUCAGGACAGUUCAGUUAGAAAGUCGGAGCAGUUUUCUUGAUUUUGUUGCUGAUAUAUUGUUGUCAUACCCGCACAUGCUUGACCCAAGUUGUACCCAGUUACUGUCAUUGCGUAGGUGUACUUCAACUCUGUAUUCUUAACUUCUUACAGGUAUGUUCUUUGGAGUAAUUUGUACUCCUAUAGGAAGUGAAAGGAAAACAAAAACCCUCCACUUUUCA